UGACCAGCGAAGCGGUCAGUCGGUCUUUGUACGCGGUCGGGAAAAACAUCGCGUCGAAUCGCUGUGCUCGGUCGCGCUGGGUCAGGAACACCGCGAUAUUCGUUCUCAGGAAUCGUCACGAAUCUGUAUAAAAACUGUGCCAAUACCGACAAUGGACCAUGAUGGGAUGCGAGAAAUUUUGGUCGAUCGGAUAGACGCUGUAGUAAAAACAACGCUACGUCAAUUUCGCUUGGAUAAAAAGCCUAGGCUGGUUUAUGAUAAAACGGACGUUGAGAGUUUAGUCAACCAACUGGAAACGUUCGAAUUCCGAAUGAUCCGAAACGCAGAGUCCACAAGACCAGCAUGCGAAUCGAGGGAGAACGAUAUCAGGGAAAACGGAGAAAACAGUGUCUCGGGAAACUGGUGGCACGAAGAAACGGAAUCAACGGGAAAAUCAGCGUCAAAAGGAACUAUCGAUUUUAAAAGAUCGACGAGCAAAAAGAAAUUUAUACUCAUCAUAGAAACGAUGCAAAGAUUUCGUGAAUUGCUGAUUAAAAAGCAAACGAAACUGAGACGCGCAUUGUUCUAUGAACUCAAAGCCAACCCGAGAACUGCUGGUUGGUUCACGAAGCAAAAAGAACUCGACGACGUUAUAAAUUUGAUAGCCAAUAAACUCCAUUGCCCGGCAUGGGCCAUACCAUUGAUUCCAUCAGCGAAAGGUUUAUGCACGGGAGAUUUAAAAAUGAUUUUGAGAAAUGAAGAAAUCAUCGACUGCGGAGGAGCAGGCGGCGCUGGUGUUCCGAUUUGUCACAAAUUUUCAACUGUCAUUUCCGUAACGACGAGUGCCAAAUUCGUGCUGGUCGUCGAAAAAGAUACCGUUUUUCACCAGCUGCUGCAAGAAAAUUGUCCGCAAAGGUUGGAAUGCGUUCUCGUCACCGGCAAGGGAUACCCCGACAUGGCGACGAGGAUGUUUGUGACCAUGUUGUCCGAACACUGCAAACUCGCAGUUUUUAUUCUAGUCGACGCUGAUCCUUACGGGAUCGAAAUAUUCUUGAUCUACAAGUACGGAUCCAUAAAGCAUUCUUACGGACAGGGAAAUUUUCCGUGUCGAUCGGCCCGUUGGCUGGGCCUCCUUCCGUCGGACUUGCAACUUUACAAUUUAGAAAAAAAGUCCCUCACUGCAAUUGAGUUAAAAAAGCUGAUCGAAAUCAAAAAGCGGCCUUACAUCGACAAAAAAGUUUACAAAGAGCUAAUGAUAUUGAAGCACGGAAAAGCCGGAAUCGAGGCGAUACUCGAAGCCGCCAAAGAUCAUGAACUCAUUUCUUUUUAUAUACGAAACAAAAUUCAUAGAGAAUUGUACCUGGAGUAGUGCCUUUAAAUACGAUUUUUUUUUCUCGACUUUUUUUCUCUUCCAAUCGUGACAUCUUUAGUUCAAGUAGCAACAAUUACUCUGAAAUUGACAUUUUUUAAAAAUAAUCAUGGGUUUAAAGCGUUUUUUGUAAAAAAAGUAUUUUUAUAAAAUCAAACAUCGAGUUUUUGCUCAUAAUAAAUAACGGUAGCCGAACGACUGGACAGUUCGCAAUUUUCUAGAAAGAUUUUCCAUGUAUUUCGAGAAAAUAUUGGAAAAUGGAAUUCUUCCAAAAUUUCCGAAAAAUAAAAAUUGGAAAAAAAUAU